UCGAUAAUACGUCCGAGCAUCUCAAGAGUAGCACAAGGUCACAGCAAAGUCCUUUGAAUGGGAGUUAAUGAUGUGUUUUUUUGUUGUUGUCGUCACAAUAACAUUCUCUGUACCAACCGUUGUACUUUCACUAUGAAGUCUUUGUGCUCUCGACAAGGUACACACGCUGCGUGUCCUUUUGGGUAUGUGAUGCUGCUGAGCGAAAAAUAACAUAAAUCCUUUCAUGUUUCGAUUACGAUCGAUUUUAUUGGAGUGUAUAGCUAACGUAAAAGUGGGUCAAAUCAUUGCAGGACUAACAACCAUCCUUAAUGUAAAACUGCUGGAGAUCCGUACAAUCAACGGAUGUUUGCUUAAGAUGUUGCUUGCUGUGGAUGUGGAAGUUUCUGCGAAAAGGGGACAUAACAAAGAGAAAUACAUGCAAAAACAAAAUCUUUAAAUGGUUCAUUUUUAGGACCAGCUGUUUUGUUAAGUAAUCAAAUUUAACAAAAUCAAAAUUAGAACAAAUUAAAUGUGACAGUUGGUAGGUAUACUUUCGUACGCGUUGAUAAAAAUAUUUGUUGGACAUGAAUAACAAUUUAUACAGCGUAGGAUUUUAAUAGAAAAAAGCGUUGUAAAAAUAUCUAUUUUCUGAUGUUUUGACAUCUUCAUUGCAUGUUGAAAAAUUUAAGGAAGUCUGUUAUUUUCCCCAAGAACAUCAACACUACUAUAUAGGGACAUAUUGUAUUUUCUGAAAACGUGUAGUAAGCAGUCUUUGUUGAGGACGAUUCAAGGGAGAUUCAGAGUACGACUCCACUGGCACCUGGAACCCCCAUUAUUUUACUACUAAGAAAAAAGUUCAGUCUAGACAAUUCAUUUGCAUUAUCAAUCAUCAGGACUCAUAAGACCAUACAAACAAAAAUAACAAAUGUUUUUUUUAUUCAGAUAAAACGACCUGGCCGUAUUGAUAAAUAACAAAUGUUUAAUAAUACUAGAUUUUCAAACUAGUUUAUGUGUAAGACUUUAUUCAAAUGAAUAUGAAGAAAUGAUAUGCAUCAAAUUUAUCGUACUUAAAGCUAAAUAUUGUUUACUGAAAACCCCAUAAAGCCAUGUGUAACGUAGCCUGUUUUUGAAAAAAAUUUGAAUGAUCGCUUACAACCGUCAUAAAACUGUUUGUAAACAAAGCGGACACUAAAUGGAUUGAAAAUGUUAUACACCUCCCACAAGGCCCUGCUGUAAACUAGUUUUUCCUCCCGUUCUUUGGAUACAUGAAAAAUGAAUAAAAAGCCAACGCAAAGGCCUGACCCACCCAUGGCGGGAAAGUCAAACCUGUCGAAACUAACGUCAACAUUGCUCAAGCUACUUCCCAAACCCGAACUGUAAACAAUUUACUCUCAACCCUUAGAAUGUCUAUUUUUCAAUUUCAAUCAAAACCUUGUCACAACAAUAUCAACCCACCACACCAAACGUUCGCUCACAUUCCUACCGGACGUCCGUAAGGGGAAAGCAGAGUCAAUCUGCGUCGGGAGUUUUCUUAUGGCUGAUACACACAAACACCUACAAAGUCAGUCUUUCCACCAACAAUCUCAUCGUCAUCAGAUGCCUGGUUCGAUUGCGUAAAAUUGAGAUGCAUCUUGUGUGGAAGCCGGUCGCCGGCGUUUUGGUCAGCAUCUUCAUCAGCGUGAUUACGAGCACUGUGAAGGUGCUCAGGCUGGCAGAAAAGUAUGGGAUGAAGAUGACCACAGCAAACGCAAACGGCACGUUUCCUAACACGGCUCUAGGGCACACCACGGUCGACUGGAGUUUAUCGAUUCCCGCUUGACGGUGCUUAUUCAUUGAAUCGGCUUCGAUUUCGGGAUCACUUCCUCCACAACAUCCGGAAGGGACAACAAAACAAGGGAAGCGGAUGGAAAAGGAAAUAGACGAGGACACACAAAAAAUAAAACAUGGUAGCGUAUAGAUUGCCGUACAAACGGAGGAAUACACGCACAACAGUACAUGGAAACCCUUGAGGAAGAAUGUUCACGCACUGGAUGAAGGAUGGGGAAAGUAAAUUAAUCUAGCAAAAAGGUCCUUCGAGCCGGUCUGGCCGGUCCAACUGUCCACGCAUAUUUACUGUCCUUCCCUGUAUAGAAUGACCAUGCAGAAGAGAAAAAAGCACCACCGAUAUACUGGACAUUGUUUGGUAUAGUCUAGAAGGGGGAAAAUGUAAGAAAAGAAUAGAGUCUAACCGGUGCCGGCUUGUCAUCGGUUGAGCUGUAAUUAUGGCCGACCCGAUUUGAAAGUGACGCAAAUGCUGCUUCUGCUGUUGAUUGUAAUACACCUGAGAAAGAGGACCUGCAAACGGGAAAAGGACCAACCAAGCAGUCUAUCUCCGGCGCGCCGGUUGCCAAGCCACACCCGGUACAAUCUAUCCUCCAGAGAAAAUGUCGCACGGUCGUUUUUCCAAUCAAUUUCUCACGAUUAGCAACGGACUGGUGUACUUUGGCUGGGUGAAAUUCCUCAUCCCCCCAAAAAAAAGGAACCAUCAUUAUGUUUCAUUUGCUAGAAAUUGGUAAUGAAUUAGAUGAAGUCUCCGAUGUGCGAGUAGGAAUGAGUGUUGGUCACGUGUCGCCGUUCGGAAAGGUUGUAGUACAGCUUCAGGGCGACCGGUCAAUCUUCUAACUACAAAACCCCGCUGUGUCGUUUGCUGAUUCCGAGUAGACAAAGCAAAAAAAAAACAUCAACUCUAGAAAAUGGAAUUGUUACGCUUUUUUUUCUUUGUUGGAGAGUCUUCAACUCCACGACUUCAAAUCUUCAUCUCGUACCAGGCCAUAUACGCAACAGAAGCAAUAGUAAACAAUAGUACUACGGGACCAUUUUCCAGAAUCGACAAAUUUCCUUACCCACCACACCGAACGAUGCCUGGGAAAAGCACAAUCCCGGUGAAAAAACCGGAUUAAACAGUUAGCUAACGAAGUUAGAAAACUAGUUCGAAACGAUACUCUCGUCGGCAAAGAACAGCAUCCCAAUUAGCAUUCAUUGCACCGGUACGGUGGUGCCGACCAGUGAAAGUUACUCCGGUGCCGCGUGAGAAAGUGGUUCGAGAACCCUACGGAAAAACCCGUUCCGCGUGAUGAUGAUGGCCAAAAUUUUCCCGACAAUGCGCAGUGCCCACUGUCGGUAGUGACCCAACGACUGGUCACGUUUCAAAAGUUUGCUGUUAGGCGGGGCAUUUUGAUAAAUUUAAUUACCUCAAUAAUCCUCUCACAUUUCACCAUUAACCCGGGUCGAACCUUCGGUAACCGUUGCCUUCUCACUGCACGGGUGCUACCAACUGUUGACCGUUGGUGGAAAACUCAGGAAACCCACUCUUACCCCGAAGAUGCUGCGUUUUUUUCCGAUGCUAAGAAAAGAUCAAAUUACGGCUAACGAGCUGAGAAUGAGGACAAGAUCUGAGAUGCUGUUGCCUUCGCGGUUUCGGUUCCCUCUCAGGUUGCGCACCCUAGCACACGCGAAAAAAGGUCCAUUAGAACGUACCUUUUGUGAGCAUCAUCUUUCACGGUAGAGGAUGAUAAGUUAUAACAGCAGCACACACAAAAAAAACGACAUCUCAAAAUCCUUAGGGGCCAACGAGAUCACCAACAGGAUGGACGUUCGGAAUGGUUCAUUUUGUUUGCAUUUUAAAACCCCGUUGUUAUAGAUACCGGACAACCGGUCUGUCCACAUGUCGAUAACGCUGCUAUCACACUCACAUUCGGGGUCGUCAAGGAAGGAGCACUGUAUGUGAAGUUUUUGGGUAAUUCUUGAAACUGAGCACGAAAAGUUGGAUAAAAGUUGAAUAAUACUAUUAUGAUUGAAUUUGUGCGGUUUGGUUUGGAGCAUACAAUUGAUUCGCUGUUUUAAAGAUCCGAUGCUAUUUUCACUGUUUAAAAAUAUACUUUCAAGUCGACCACCUUCCGUUGAUUAUUGCUGGGCGAUAUGUUUAAAUUGCCAUGAUUUUGGGAAGAACAGCGCAUUCAAACGAUAAGAUGUAACGCCGCGUUCUAACGGGAAUUGGAAUGUCCACAACGCACUGCUAUUCACGAAGAAUGUUGAGGUUGAGUUAGAAGAACGUACCAAAAAAACUUUACUGAUAUGAACAGGAUUUGGUAUAAAACCGGUUCCUUACCGCAAAAUGGCGCCCGUCAUUCGAUUCGCGUGAGCAUGAAACGGUUCUCUAAUCAGUUGAUUUACGAACCAUGUGACAGUGUGUGAUCUACACCGCCUUCCACGCUUCUUUCAUCUCUAAAAGUAUCUGUUUCGUUGCAAAAUUGAAACUUGUUUGGUAGUAAGAAUAUAAAUAAAUAAAAUCUUCCACAAAUCAAAUCUCACUUAGCACGAGAUAUUUGGAGGGUGAAUCAAAUCGUUCCCCUGUACAAACCUUUUGUUCGGACCGUUCAUCGAACUUCUGCUUCAUUGUUUUCUAUCCGGUUAAUCACUUUUCAAUUCGUUUCGAUCUUGUAUUUAUACAGCUGAACGUGAUCGAGUCCGCUUCAAACUGUAGCUAACAAGGUUGCUCAUGGUUACGGAGAUGCUCACCAUCACGAUCAUCUAUGCCGACGGUAAUAAAAACUGUUCGGGCAAAUCGGGAUGAUAAUGGCUGGAUUCUGCAAAACCAACCAUCCGUCCGGAACACGUACGCACGGUAACGCACGGCUGUGUGUGUGUGUGUGUGUCACUAUGCGCCAGACGGUAAUGGUCUAAUUUUAGCGUACGCCUGCAUAUUCACGAUCUGUUUAUUUUCGCCUACCGGUUUUCAUCGAAAAGGUUUCGUCGCAAAAUUGGCUACGUCCUGCUUGUCUGCCACACGUGCUGUUCGUGGUCCGUUGUUCCGGUGUCAAGACGCGUCGAUGGCGCUAUCCGUUGCAGUACGAUUCGCGACACGAUCACGCACGGGUGCGAUAUUGUGUGGUUCGCGGCUGCUGUCAACUCUCUGCACAUCAAGUGGUAGUGAUGGAAAUGGAAAAUGCAGCGGUAAAUGUGACAGACGGCGUAUGUCUGGGAUCGGUAUCAGCUGAUCAGCGUGAUGCAUCUCCGAGACUGGCAAAGUGUUAUAUCUGUGGUGAACGUUACACUACCGACCGGGAGCUCGAUCACCAUUUGGACGACCGGCAUGCGUCCGCACUGAUGCCGUAUUGGUGCAACAUUUGUGACUUUGAUCGAUGCUUACCGAUCCGUUCGAUGCGUGCUAUUAAUAAACACUUCGCACUGCAUGAUGUCCACGAGCGGAUGCAUCAGUGCAGCUACUGUGCAUUGCGCUUUCGCACCGUACGCAAUCUCCAGUCACACGUCCGGUUGUACCAUCGCGGUGGUUCGCACAACGUAAGGGGUGACGAGAAAAGUUUGGAUAGUUUUCCAUCGUCGCGUCAGAACUUACCGGUGAUACCGGCCGAACGUACCGGGAAGGACCGAGUGUUUCAGUGUUGUCACUGUGGUAUUACCUACACCACCGGGAAUGCAUUGAAGCGGCACGAAAACACACACACACUGGGGGUGCAAUAUGCGUGCCGGCAGUGUGGGAAAGUGUUUGCCAAACUGGACUGUCUCACGCAACACGAACGCAUCCACAGCCAAACACGACCGUACGCCUGCGAUCAGUGUCCGAAAACGUUCAUUCAGCUGGCCCACCUACGCAUACACAAGCGUGCCCGGCACAGUGGCGAACGGCCCCAUUUGUGCGGGAUAUGCAAUCGAGGAUUCCGGUGUCGUACGGCACUGACCGUACACGGGCGCAUACACACCGGCGAGAAACCGUUCCGGUGUACGGUUUGUGCGGUACAGUUCAGUGAUGCGGGCACACUGAGAAAACAUGGUGCGGUGCACCGGGAAAAGAAGACGCCGAAAGGUAAACCAGAACAAUUUUUCAAUUCCAAUGGCAGUGAGCGAGACGAAACUGCUAACGGUUAAGGUAGAUGUAUGAUUUGUAAAUGGUUGUGAAAAAUAUACCUAUUCAUGUGUGUUGUAAGGUAA